GACUAAAUUGUCUUAAAAUGUUUCAUAAAAUCGCUUUUAUAACGUUGAUGUUUUACGCGGAGUUUGUUUGUUGUUAUAUUUUUCAUGUUAGAAAUAGAACAGUUGAUAAAUUAGCUUUAUAUAAUGAUGCAGAUUACUUUGAUUGGAGAGAUAAGGACGCAGUGAGUCCCGUGAAGGACCAAGGUUCAUGUGCCGCCUGUUGGGCUUUUAGUAUAAUUGCUAACAUCGAGAGCCAGAUGAAAAUCUACAACAAUGUGGAACUCGUCCUCUCCGAACAGUUUCUGAUAGAUUGUCUCAAGUCCAGCUCAGGAUGCGAGGAAGGAAGCGUGCUGAAAAGUCUUUCGGACAUAGUGUCUGAUUUUGGUGGUGUCUUGACUGAGGCUGACUACUACCCCUACGAGCAAGCAAAGCGGACAUGCAGAUGGAACGGCCGCAAGAACCCAAUGAUCCCAGUGGUGGGUUACAGACGGGUGAAAGCUAAUGAAGAUGUGAUGGCGAGGUUUGUGAGGAAAGGAACGCUGAUUGCUGGUAUAAACUCUAAAUCAAUGGACAAGUACACGGGAGGAAUUGACGAGCCAGGUGAUGAUUGUGAUCCGAAUAAGAAAGAUCAUUCCGUGUUGAUCGUCGGAUAUGGCACCUAUGUAUCUGAUGAUCAAAAAGUUCCGUACUGGAUAAUAAAGAAUUCCUGGGGGACCUCGUGGGGGGACAAAGGAUUCUACUACUUGGUGCGCGGGCGCAACGCGUGCGGCAUAGCGACGGACGUGUCUUAUGCUAUUGUCGGUAACUAGCUGAAUAAAAUUAUCAGAAAAACUCA